CAAUGCUUUGAAAACCUCAAACAGGACGUGACGUUAAAUCUCACAAGAAAGAAAAAAAGAUUCGCGUUAUUUCCGGACGCUUCGUUGCUUGUCACAUCAGCUCGAUACAGCGUCCCACAGACAGAGGUUAGUGGACCGAAAACAGAGCAGCUGCCUCUGACAGUUAAAACACAAGCAGUUGAAGUCAGUGGCCAUGGAUGACGACUAUUACGUGAUUUUAGGGGUGCAGAGAAAUGCAUCUCCAGAUGAUAUCAAAAAAGCUUACAGGAAACUAGCUCUCAAGUGGCAUCCAGAUAAGAAUCCAGAGAACAAGGAAGGGGCAGAAAAGAAAUUUAAGCAGCUUUCAGAAGCUUAUGAAGUCCUUUCAGAUGCAAACAAAAGGAACUUAUAUGAUCGAUAUGGAAAACAAGGCUUAACUCCAGGUGGAGGAGGAGGAAGGGGACACUUUAAUAAUGACCACUUUGGAGGAUUCACAUUCCGCAAUCCAGAGGAUGUCUUCAGGGAAUUCUUUGGUGGACAGGAUCCAUUUGCAGACUUCUUUGGUGGAGAUCCAUUUAAUGAUGACUUCUUUGGUGGCGGUCGGCAGCACCACCACCACCACCACCACCAGCGGGGCAUGAGCAGGAGCCGGACAGGAGGGUCCUUCUUUGGGGGCUUUGGGGGAUUCCCACCUUUUGGGGCAGGAUUUUCAUCUUUUGAUGCAGGUUUUUCUCCCUUUGGGCAUAUGGGAGGAGGUGGAUUAACUUCUUUCUCUUCAACUUCAUUUGGUGGAGGGGGAGGUGGCGGAGGCAUGGGCAGCUUCCGCUCUGUGUCAACCUCCACUAAAUUCAUCAAUGGCAGGAAAAUCACUACAAAAAGAAUCAUUGAGAAUGGACAGGAACGUGUAGAAGUGGAAGAAGAUGGACAGUUAAAAUCUCUAACCAUAAAUGGUAAGGAACAACUGCUGCGAUUGGAACACAAAUAAGAUAAUGGAGCCCUUUCAGCACAAACUUAAGCUCAAACAAUGUUAGUACUGUCGUUCAGAUGUCUGUACAUUGCAUUUUUUUGCUUGUUUAAUGUGUUUUUUCCCUUUAUCAUUUUUAGACUGUUUCUGAACAAUUUUUUUGUUUCUAUAUUUAUAAAUGGGGACUGUCAGUAUUUUGUGCAGGAUACGUGUCAUUUUACUUGUAUUUGGGACCAUAAUGUGAGAUUAGUUUUUUCUUUCCGCGAGCACUUUGUGUUGCAGUGUCCUCAUGAAUGCACAUUGCAUUUUGAAUAGUGCUUUGGGCUAAAAGGAGAAAGAGGAUUGUGCAUUGUGCAUGACUUUACCAACUGUGUGGAGUGUGGAAUUGGAGUACGUCAUUUACUGUUCAAACUUUAUGGCAAAUUGUCUAAUUCAUUUGUUAAACAUAUUUGUAAAUGCUGGUAGAGUGCUAGAUUCAUUGUACUGAUAUGCAAUUUUUCUUAUUUUUAAUUAAUGAAAAUGUUUUGUUUUUUUUCCCUCUCAUUGUUGCAUGUAAGACAACAAAUGUUGUUUAUAGUUGUAAUGUUAUUACUAAAUAACCUGAUGAGUAUCGGAGUUAAUAUUAUAACUGAUUUAUGACCAUUCAAGUAACUUUGUGUACUUUGUAAAAUAAUUUGAACCUAAAUAAAUGAGUUUCAUCCUUUUUUGGGAUGUGGCA